CAUACACUCACAACACGACGAGCGACACGGCGGGGGCCGGCGCCGCUCGCCGUCUGUCUCUCUGUCUGUCUACCCGCCCGGCCGCCGGGCCUGUCACCUCCCGCCCCGCCCCUUGCGCCCUCGGUCGCCCGUUGUGGCGGUUGAUCGACAGCGCGGGGGGCCCCAGGGGUGGCCCUGCUCUAGUGCCUUUGCAUGUGGCGGCCCCCUCCUUUGUUUUGCAUGCUUGCGGUUGGGCCCCCGCCGCGCCGGGCCCGGGCAGUGCCAAGCCUGGCAAGCCAAGCAACAACUGCAUGAUCCAUGGCGCCCGUCAUUUCAGGGGCCGCUUGGCCGGCGUUGUAUGUCCGCGCCGCCCGCCCGGGUACGGCUGCGAAGCUCUGUGAAUGGAUCAAGCAAGCAUACUCAUGGCCAUGCGGUGUGGGCCUUAAUGCAGCCCCUGUGUGUGGCUGCUCCUGCAAUAGUAUGUCGCUUUCCUUGUCAUUCACCCACCCUUGUCCCCCGUGGCCCACUCUUAUGGUGCUAGCUACUGUCGACCGACGAGAAACGGCGAACAGAAAUUGUUUCGCUCUGCAGCUUCGGACGGCGGGCGUCGUCUGUC